AUGGCUGUGGGGCAAACUUUAGUUAAGGCAUCAAAAUUGUACUUUUUCUCUCUGUUUCUCUACAAUACGGCUGUUUUCGCGUUGAAAUCAGGUUGCAUUGGAAAUUGCCCAAUUUCAAGCACGAAUUUCAGCGCAGCAUUCCUCCACAACCCUCCAUACGUGAAAGCCAAUAGCACAAAAUGGCAUGGCCUGAUUUAUGAUUUUGUGCAAGCGGGAUUAAUUCGCUGUUUUCGCCGCUACUCCUGCAAUAUGACGAAGAUGCACUGGAAGGAGGUUUUCUCCGAGGAAAAAUUGAGUUCCCUCACUCUGGAAGAAAAAACUGACAUCGCAAUUCCGAUAACACCUUCGUUAUUUUCGUCGUUGACUGAAGAAUUGUCGACAUCACGAAACUGGCGCGUCACGCUUUUUACUAUCGUAGAAUCGCCUGGUCUUGCGUUAGUCAUUGAUUACGAUUUUUUUUUUUUUUUUUUUUAAUUAAUUUUAUUGGCAUUCUACUGAGUUACAGAAGUAAUAAACGAGAAGUUACACGUACAAAAAAAAAAAAAAAAAAAAUUGCCAAAAGGGAGUAACGAACGGGACGUGAGUACCCAUGCAAGGAAACUCCCUACAGAAUAAAAAAUAAAUAAAUAUUACAAAGUUUUAAGUCAGUGCGAAUGAGUUCUAUGGCAGGAACAGUCUAUAAACACUGACCAGGUACACGGUUGGUCAAUAUCGAAAACAUUUGCUAAUAAAUUAAAAUAGUGAUUAGUGACAAAGUUCUUAAAGGAUGAAAGAGUACCUAAGUAAGACGGAGGAGCUACUUUACACAUAAUAUUCCACAGUUUUGUAAUUCUAUUAAAAUAUGAGGCCUUAAAUAAAGAUGUUUUACAGGACUGAGUUUUCAGCAAUAAUUCCGGAUUAAAACAGUUUCUUGUGCGGUUGUGGGGAACAAAGUUAACAAAGUUGUUAACGUCAAUAGGCGAUAUUCCGUACAGACAGUUAUAAAAAAAUAUUAAGUCUUUGAUCUCUCGGUCAUAACAAAGAGGCAACAUAUUCAACUUAAUUAAGCGUUCUUUGUAAGAGGAUUCGUGCAGUCUUUCCUUUAAUAUCCAUCUGGUUGCUCUGUAUGCUCUUACGAUGCCUGUAAGACGAAGAUUGAGAAGAUUAUUACGAACACAAUUCUGUCUGCUUGGCCCGUCUGCGCUGUGAUUUUACUCUUGGCUGGUAUUUCAGGGAUCUCCAUAUGGGCAUUGGUAAGGAACUGGUUAUUAUUUAUCUCCCGUGGGGGAGAGGGGAAGGAAGGUGGAGUAUUUUUGAAGGGGCAACAGAGGGGGAAUCAGUUGUCGCCUACCAAGUAUAAAUGGCGGACUAUGGAAAAUUUACUGUCAAUUACCUGGCAAUUAAUGGAGUCAUAAGAAUGUUGCACAGUCUUAGGGGGGAUCAGGUCUAAUUCGAUCGUGACACAACCUAAACCCUUUAAAACCCUUCCCCCCCCCGACAAAUAAUGACUGGUGCCUAACUCUAUACUGCUGGCAAACGUGCAAACGUCCUCUUGCUUCGUUAAGAGCCAUUUGAAACAGCUGUAUGUAAUUCUAGCAGAAAACAUACAAGCUUUUAAAAAAAAGGCGAUGGGAUCGUUUUCUAUGUAUGAAGUUGUGAUAUUCCCUCAAAUACUAAAAGGACGUUUUAUCUGCAGGAAACAAGCACUAACCAUCAUCACUUCCCGUCUUCCUUUGGGCGUGGAUCAACAGAAGGAUUCUGGUGGGCUUUUGUUACCAUGACAACUGUUGGGUAAGACUGAUUUAUCAUACAAGGCUACUUCAGGAGCCCAUUGGUAAUGGGCUCCUGGCUACGUUCAAAUUUCCUUCAGGAAAGGACGUACAUUAGCUAUAUCUCUUUUCUUAAAUAUUAUCCUGUUAUCUUGUAAGCUCCUCCUUCAAAGUAUAUUAAAGGUUUUAUUCCUACCACUGUAAGUCGAACUCUCUUAGGCUUCUCCUUUUAAUCCUGGACUUAUUUAUUAUUAUUUCUCUCGCUCCGGCUUACGGACUCAAACGGUUUUAUGUCCGAGAAUAGUGCGAAAGAAGCUUGAACUUGGAUGAUCGUUAGAUGUUCAACAUGCUUCACUACAAUUCGACACCACCGGGGACAAUGAAUGUGUACCCUGAAAUGUUUUCCUUAAAUCUUUAAAGUGGUUUAUGGUCAUCUUGUACACCUUCCUUAUCCUGUCACACCCACGUUCCCUUUCACUUUAUUAGUGCUCCUCGUUAGCAGUCUGUCUACCACAGAAAAAAAUGGCUUGCAGGUUUCCCCUAAAUUAGCGAAACUUUUCAUCAACCAAAUAACAAAAUGCCAAAACUAUCAUAACAUAGUUAUCGUUUCUCUAGUGCAAUUUUGACCGUAUUGUUUCAGGUACGGUGACAAAGUUCCACGGACCAUGUACGGUCGACUUUUCUCCGUUGUUUGGAUUUUAACCGGCGUCUGUCUUAUUUCCAUUUUCACUGCUGCUAUCACCAGCGCCAUCACUGUUUCGUCUGUUGACCCAGGCUGUAAAAGUACUCAAGGAAAACGCGUGAGUAAUGUUUUUCUGCCUUUGCUCCAGCUUAAGAUCAUUUGGUUGAUAGUUUUCAGCUGCGGUUUUCUUAACCACGUACGCUUAGUGAUUGGCGGGAGAAGAACAGCUUAAGGUACCCUUGUGAUCAGUCAGUUACUUUCCGCGCCACUUUCCAAACCAUCAGCAUGUAAUAACAACUUCAGUCGCAAUUUUUGGGGUCGCCGGUUUGAGUCAGCGGAAAUCAUGUCGCUUCUUUAAUAGUGGCUUUGUUCUUCUAGAGUGGUGAGGGGCACCGAGAGAACUGCGGGGGGGGGGGGUAACCAAAUUGCAAAAGUCCUUAGGUUAUCAGUUUUUUCUCUCUAUUUCAUUUUACAACAUAGAGUCGAGCAUAUCAUGUUUGAACAUAGGACAGUAUCCAUCUUAGCUGUCAAAUUACUUCCGUAUAGUGUUCCCGACGAUAUAUUUUUUUCUUCCUUCGAAGCUCGCAGCAAUAAACGGAUCAGAUGCUGAAAAGGAGGCGAGGCAUCGUGGGGCUUAUGUUACAAGUAAGAAUAACAUU